GCGUCGGGCAACAACGUGUCGCUGAUGCGGACUAUGCUCCGAGCCAUGCUUCACGAGACGUCGACUCAGCUAAUGGACGAGCAGAAGAAGAUGCUCGAGAGACUCUGGGACGCGUUGAUGGGCAAUCAGCGGAUGACAACGCAGAUGAUGGGUGAGCAGCUAGAGAUGGUUCGACAGCUUCAUCAGGAAGUUCAGGCGGUCAAGACGCAGGCGGUCGAGGAGUCGAGGAAGGUAGAUGAGCUCAGGCGCCUGCAUGAGCAGUCUACCAGGCAGCUGAGGGUGAUGCGUGAGCAAACGAGCGAACAGAUUAGAACAACGCGUGAG